AUGCCUACCGACACCCACGAAACAAGUCCGCUUCUAGGCGGUCAAGCUCGCAUGUCGAACCGCACGGCUUCUGGCACCUCAUGGCGAAGUGAUCUCAUUCCCUCGAGGCUAAGAACUCACUCUUUGCAUGAGGUCCAUCCGCAUCCCGAGACCGUGCAGCCGCAGCUACCUGCAUCAGCAAUCGCGCCAGACCACGAGACCGAUCUUCACGACACUCGGUGGGCCACUCGGGAGGCUGUGCAGCCAAAUCUGUGGGCUAGCUUCCGACAUGUCUGGAAGCAAGAGAUCGCUGAGUUCUGGGGAACCUUCAUGAUCAUUCUCUUCGGCGCGGGAGUCGAAUGCCAAGUCGGGCUGCACUACCGGAACGAAGACCACCUAACCGGCCGCCUGGCCUGGGGAGUCGGCGUAGCCUGCGCCGUCUGGAUCUCAGGCGGCGUGUCCGGCGGCCACUGCAACCCGACCGUCACGCUCGUCCUCGCCAUCUUCCGGGGCUUCCCCCUGCGCAAAGUCCCCGGCUUCAUCGUCGCUCAGGUUCUGGGCGCCGCGUUCGCCGCUCUGGUCGUGUAUGCCAACUAUACCCACAGCAUCUCGGUCUUCGAGGGCGGCGACGAUGCGCGCGCUGUCAUGGGUCCGCACGCGACCGCGGGCAUGUUUAUCACCUUUCCGGCCGCGCAUCUCACGUACGUCUCGGCGUUCUACUCCGAGUUCCUCGCGUCGGCCGUGCUGAUCGCGCUGAUCUUCGCGCUGGCGGAUAAGGGCAACAUGUCGCCUCCAGCGCGGACACAGCCGUUCGCCUUGUUCCUGGUUAUCUUGGGUAUUGGGUCGGCUUUGGGUGUCAACACGGGGUACGCCAUCAACGGAGCCCGCGACACGGGGCCGCGUAUCGCACUCGCUAUUGUGGGAUAUGGGAGUCAGGUCUGGACGCACAACUCUUGUUACUUCAUUUGGGGCCCUUGGAUUGCGUCUAUGACGGGUGGAUUGGUCGGUGCCUUCUUGUAUGAUGCCUCACUUUACGCUGGUAGGGAUUCUCCCCUGAACAGGCCAGUGAGUGCGAGUAAGGGACAGGUCGACGAGGAAGCUGUGAUUUGA